CCCAAUCACAAAGAAGAGGAAGUAAGCAGCUGAGCAUACAGGAAAGUUAUUGUCUAAAUGUGUUAAAACAAGAGGAAUGACAGUUGACAUUGAUAUGAAUAAUGUAAUAAGGUUAGUUUUGUUCACGUUGAGACAACAAAAACAAGAAAUUGUUUGCGUAUAUGCUGCAGUUAACGUUAGCAGCAAACCAACGUCACAUGAAGGCAAGCUAGCUGGCUAGCAAACGUAAGCUAGGUAAUGUUAGUCAAUAAAUAUUGCCUAUGGCGGGUUAGUUUGACGAAAUAAAUGUUUGUAGACCUUAGGUACGACUAACUAGUUAUUUCAUGACAACUAUGGACCCGAGGCACAAAGAAAUACUCAGGAAACACCGGCUGGACCUGUCCAAUCAAAUUUUAAUUGAUGACACCAUAGUUCAAUUCCUGUACCAGGAGAACAUUUUAACAGAGUGCCAGGUGGACGAGAUUCAGUCUCAAAUAAGCAACAAGAAGAAGACGUUGAGACUGCUGGAUAUCCUUCCCAGCCGAGGGCCGCGGGCGUUUGGUACAUUUCUGAAUUCCCUGGAGGAAGAGUUUAUUUGGGUGAGAGACAAGCUACUCCAGGAUUUGGAGCAACCCAAUGUACCUGUUCAAAGUCCAACAGAUGAGUGGAACAUACCAGAGGUGACGCUCCGGGCAGUCCCGUCCGACAGACAGUUGUCCCGGCUGGCGUCCCGUCUCGGUUCGGAGUGGGAGUCGGUCCUCCUCGACUUGGGCCUCUCGACGGGGGCGCUGUACCGUUGCCAUGCUGACCACCCUCUGAGCUUGCAUGGGAAAGUGCUAGCGGGGCUGAUCCAGUGGAGGCAGAGCCAGGGGAGGAGCGCUACAGUCCUCAGGCUGAUCCAAAGCCUACAGGCCGCUGAUGUCCACCCCUCUACCCUGGAUGAGGUGUUCCAGUGAGAGGAGAGGAGACUAUGGCUCAUGGAUGAAAUCCUAAUUGGAUGACCGCCAUUAGCUCAGCCAGACUAGGAUUUCCAUUAGGAAAAUGUGGCGCCGGACAUUUGACCGGCAACAUUUUUAAUUCACCAGACAUUUGAUAAAUCUGCCGGACCCAUAUGCAUUGGGUGCGUAACCUGAUUAGGGUGUCCACCCACGGUGCUCAGAAUGACAGA